AUGUUAUUUCCUUCAGUACUUCUUCCUCUACUAGCAGCAUUCGAUAUAGGUGUGAAUGCACUGCCUGCAAUCACUCAGCCACUCGCGAGCUACAAAUGGCCAACCCAAUUUGUAAGAAGCGGCGAGGCAAACAUUCAAGUACUCGUUCAAGGUGCAGGACCAACUGUUGUGCUCCUACCUUCCUACGGACGAGAUGGUGGGGAUGAUUACAAUUACUUCACCGAUUCCCUGGUGGAUGCAGGGUACCUUGUCCUGCGUCCGCAACCACGGGGUACUUUCCAGUCUACUGGACCCAUGGAGAACGUCACUCUACAAGAUCUUGCGGCGGAUGUCGCGGCCGUAAUUGAUUCACUGGGCAAUGGGCAAGCCAUUGUGAUCGGCCACGCUUUCGGUACAUUCCUCGCCAAAGUUAGCUCUGUCCUGUAUCCGGAGAAAAUCCCUGCGAUCGUCGUGGCAGCUCCAGGCGGCAUCGACUUGCCCACAACUAUCGCCGGAAUGCCUUUUAUCGCGGGAAACACCUCUUUACCUCUUUCUGAGAGACUCGAGGCUCUUGAAACGGCGUUCUUUGCACCCAAUCAUGACGCGCACAUUUGGCUGGAGGGCUGGUAUCCCGAAGUUCUUGCUAUGGAACACGCGGCUGUGAACGCCUACGGUAGCCUGGCCUCACACUGGGCUGGUGCCGAUACGGCACAAGUUCUGGAGCUGAUCCCUGCGGACGACCCGUUUCAGCCAGAGUCGGAAUGGAAUGUCACGACCACUCGAUACCCGAACAGAGCGACCUCGAAAAUCAUCGCUGAUGCCUCCCACGCCCUGUUCCCUGAGCAGGGAAAAGCUGUCGUGGAGGCCAUUCUGCCUUGGUUGGACCUUCAGAGCUCCAAGGUGUGAAACCCAUUGUAUACAUCUGAUGAAACGGAAUUGGGCGACGGAUAUCGGUGAUACAGGCCUUUAUUGGAAAGGUAGAGGAG